AUGGCUACACUUUUGCCAUGUUGUCAAUCGUCUUGCCUUGUUUUAGCUUCGAUCGAUCGUACGUUGAUCACAUCAUCCCAUGCAUCAUGGCGAAAACGUAGCACAUCUCGUUUACUGAUUACGAGCAUAAUCAGUAUAUGUUCAUUCUGGGCUAUAUUUCAUAUUCAUGUAUGGAUCUUUACACAAAUUCUAGAAUACAAACCUAAUUAUUUCAUGUGUUAUCAUCAACCAGGCGCAUACACUGUAUUCAUUAGUUAUUAUUCACUUCUAGCCAAUGGAAUCCUACCACCAGUAUUCUUCGCCAUCUUCGGAUGUUGGACAGUGAUGAACAUUCGUCAAGCACGUCGUAUAAAGCAACGAUUAUCUAUGGUACCGGUUGGUGUUACUACGAUUAUUAGGCUGCAUAAUCUUCGAUCUCAAGAUCAACAAAUCAUUCGGAUGUUACUCGUUGAUAUUAUUAUAUACAUUAUUUGUAAGUUGCCAGUGGUGAUCAUGUAUAUGUAUGCACAGAUUACACAAUAUGCAGAGAAAAGUCAAGAGCAGCACACAAUAGAACAAGCAUUCUUGCAAUUCGCAUAUUUUGUAUUUUUCAUUGAAAAUAGUGUCGCUUGUUAUACGAAUCUCUUAGUAUCGAAGAGAUUUCGUAAAGAACUUCUGCGUCUUCUUAAAAAAAUGCGAUAA